AUUCAGCCCUGUCCCUGCUGCCAGGCCUGCGGGCCAGAGAGGGGGGCUCCUGCGGCGGCCAGGCUGACUGGCAGUGGGAGCCGGACGGCAUGGAGGCGACCCAGAGCGUCUCCUUGGUGCUGCUGCUUCCCCUCCUGCUGCCACCAGGCCCAGCUUGGCACGUGGCCGCCCAACGCUGCCCGCAGACGUGCGUUUGCGACAAUUCCAGGCGGCAUGUUGCCUGUCGGCACCAGAACCUUACUGAGGUGCCAAACGCUAUCCCGGAGCUGACUCAGCGGCUGGACCUCCAAGGAAACAUGCUGAAGGUGAUCCCCCCAGCCGCCUUCCAGGAGCUGCCUUACCUGACCCAUCUGGACCUGCGGCACUGCCAGGUGGAGCUGGUGGCCGAGGGCGCCUUCCGGGGCCUGGGCCGCCUGCUCCUUCUCAACCUGGCCUCCAACCGCCUGCGCUCGCUGCCCCAGGAAGCCCUGGACGGGCUGGGCUCCCUGCAGCGGCUGGAGCUGGAGGGGAACAUGCUGGAGGAGCUGCGGCCGGGGACGUUCGGGGCCCUGGGCGCGCUGGCCACCCUGAACCUGGCCCACAACGCCCUGGUCUACCUGCCGGCCAUGGCCUUCCAGGGGCUGACGCGCGCGCGCUGGCUGCGGCUGGCGCACAACGCGCUCGGCGUGCUGGCCCCCGAGGCCCUGGCCGGCCUGCCCGCGCUGCGCCUCGCCGAGUCCCGGCACAGCGGCUGCGAGGGCCGAGGCCUGCGGGCCGUGCCCCGCGGCUUCCCCGGGGACACCCAGCUCCUGGACCUGAGGCGGAACCACUUCCCCGUGCUGCCCCGAGCGGCCUUCCCGGGCCUGGGCCACCUGGUGUCGCUGCACCUGCAGCACUGCGACAUCACGGAGCUGGAGGCGGGCGCGCUGGCGGGGCUGGGCAGCCUCCUCUACCUCUACCUGUCCGACAACCGGCUCUCGGGCCUCAGCGCUGCGGCCUUCGACGGCGCCCCCCGCCUCGGCUACCUGUACCUGGAGGGCAACCGCUUCCAGCAGGUGCCGGGGGCCGCCCUGCGCGCCCUGCCCAGCCUCUUUUCCCUGCACCUGCAGGGCAACGGCCUGGGCGGCCUGGAGCCCGGGGACCUGGCAGGCAUGCGGGCCCUGCGCUGGCUCUACCUGAGCAGCAACCGCAUCGCCCGCGUGGCCCCCGGGGCAGUGGGCCCGGCUCUCGAGCUGGAGAAGCUGCACCUUGACAGGAACCGGCUGCGGGAGGUGCCCACGGGGGCCUUGGAGGGGCUGCCUGCCCUCCUGGAGCUGCAGCUCUCGGGGAACCCGCUCGAAGCCCUGCUGGAUGGGGCCUUCCGGCCUGUGAGUGGCUCACUGCGGCACCUCUUCCUGAACAGCAGUGGCCUGGAGCAGAUUUCUCCUGGGGCCUUUGCGGGCCUGGGGCCCGGACUCCGGAGCCUCCACCUGCAGAAGAACCAGCUGCGGGCGGUGCCCGCCCUGCCCCGCCUCAGGCAGCUGGAGCUCAUCGACCUCAGCGGCAACCCCUUCCACUGUGACUGCCAGCUGCUCCCCCUGCACAGGUGGCUCACUGGGCUGAACCUGCGGGUGGGGGCCACGUGUGCCAGCCCUCCCAGUGCCCGUGGCCAGAGGGUGAAGGCUGCGACGGCGGUCUUUGAAACCUGCCCGGGCUGGGCUGCCAGGAAGGCCAAGCGGACGCCGGCCACCAGGCCCAGUGCCAGGAGCAGCCCCAGGAAGGGGAGACGGCGGAGAGCAGACAAGGUUGGCGGGUUGGCGGGAGGCCUGGGUCGGUGGGUGGGCCCAGGUGGCUUUGUAAGGAAAUGACCACAAAGUUUCAUCCUGUGGGACGCUGGCUUUUCCGCUAGGCCACAGAAUACCUGGCCCCAACGUGUUCCUAAGAGUAAUGCCACUGUUACCAUAUUUGCUGGAUCAUCAUUGAUCCCACAGCUUCCUGGGCAAGGUCACCCCUGGGACAGAAAGAGCAGGAGACAGGUGCUGUUGAGGUCUCCCUCUGCUUGGCAGCCACGGGCUGGACCCCACUCAGUGUCAUCGCAUCGCCAGCCUGACGUUUAUGCUCACAUCCUUGAGCUGUCGGUUGUAGCCAAAUUGUGCAGCAUGUCAGAGAAGGGGGAGCAGGAUCCGGGGGCCCUUUGCCGUGGGAACCGCUGCUGUGUGAUCAGGGUGUGGUGGGGGCUCUAGGGGAGAGGCUGGUCCUAAGAGGGAAAUGAGAAUGGGAAAGCGGACCCUGGUGAGGCGGAGGCUCAGGCUGCCUCUGGAGCGGCACUGGGAAGACUUGGGGUGCUGGGGGCCAUCAGAAGGUGCAUUGGCUCCCAGGGGCUGCCGUGAAAAAGUGCUGCACGCUGGGUGGCUUAGGACAAGACAGGUUUGUCUCACUGUUCUGGGGGUUCCAAGUCUGAGAUGAGGGUGUCAUCAGUGGGGCUGUGCUCCCUCUGGAGGCUGCGGGGGAGAUCCUUCUGUGCCCCUCCCAGCCUCUGGCAGCCCAGGUGCUCCCCUGCUGGUGGCAGCACCUCCCCAGGUCCCUUCUCAUCUUCCUGCUAGAUCCGAGCCCACUUCCCCCUUCUCCUAAGGCAGGAGUCCUACUGGAUUAGGACCCACCCUGAUGACCUUGUUCUAACUUGGUUAUCUCUGUGAAGACCCUAUUCCUAAGUAAGGUCCGGCUCUGAGGUACAUCUUCGUUGGGGGGGGUGGGGAGGUUACACAAUUUGUAAGUGCUCCUUGCGAGGUAGGUAGGCUGGGAGGCAGGAACCCCACACUGAAGGGGAGCUCUUGUGCCUUGGAGAUCAGAUCUGGAAUUCGCCUUGACAGUGGCACUAAUCUCAGCUGGCGCUUGCGUGGCACCAACUUCCUGCUCAGGGCCAGCAUCAGUGCUGCACCCCCAUCGGCAGCCCCGGAGCCAGGUGAGGGGCGCGAGCACUGGGAGGCCGAGCUUGGUUCUGCCAGGUCCAGCCGCAGGCGGGGGCAUUUUUAAGAAAGGAAGACCCCCGCAGUGCGGACUCCCUGUGCCCGCCUCUGGCUGCGGCAGGAUUUGGCACACUGGAGACUGUCCCGUUCCUCCACCCUCUCAGACAUGGAGAUAGCCCACCAGAGGCUAGCCCUGGAGUUACACAGGUCUUUCAUUUUUAUUUUGUUGGAAGUGGCACUUUCCCCCCAGGGAUACAAAGGAAUUGAAAGAUAUGGCCCCCGGGGUGGGGGGCGGGGCUUGGCUGGCUCAGGUGGCAGAGCCUGGGAUUCUUCACCUUGUUUCUAUGUUGGGUGUGGAGCCUACUUUAAAAAAAGGGGGAGGUGGUGGGAAGGGAAGGCCCCAUGACCUCAAGGGUCACACAGGGCCUGGACCCCUGUUCCAUGUGGGGCGUGUUCACCUUGCUGAUAGCCAUGGCUGGACCAUGCGUGCCUGGCUCUCUUGUGAGGCCCCAACAUCUAGUGUGACAUCUGGCAUGUGGAAGAUGCUUAAGGAAAGAUGCUGAACGAACGAAUGAGUGCUGGCUGUAACACAGACCACCCUGGAUUUAGUCCCACUGCUGUCACUUUACUGUUGUGGAUUUAAGCAACCAAGUUACUGGGAUAAGCCUCCUCACCCAUAAAAUGAAGCCGACACAUACCCCAGGGCCCGUGAAGAUCUAAGGUGCCUAAAGGUGUCUAAGCUGCCACCUGAGGCACCUGAGGCUGUUAGAAAUGGCAGUUCCCUUGCUGCCCGCACCCCUCGAGCAGAGCCGUGGCCACACUGGGCGACACUAAAGGGGGUGCGUGCGUUUGCACGGGGCAGGGAAGGGGUGCUUUAGGAGGAUCUCCCAGCCAGCACACCCCCCCUCCUCCCCCUGCACUGGACUUCCAAGACCACCAGUUCCCUCCAGUGGCAACUGGUGCCCAGUGCCCGAGUGAAAACAUCCCAGAAGCCAACGCCUCCAUCUGGACAGAGCGAGAUCUUCAGGCCCCGGCAACACACACCCUCACUGGGGCUGACUCAGUACCAGGCCGUGGGGCAGACACGGGUCAGGCCUGGCCUCUGGGGAAUCCUGCGUGGGAGGAAGGUUGGAAAUGUAAAGGAUCAUCCAGCAUGUGGUUGCUAUGGCGACAGGGCGCUCAGAAGAUGACAGGCAACAUUCCUUCAUCGUCCCGUGUGGAGCCAGCCUUCAUAACCGAUGCCGGGAGGUGCCACGUCACAGCACACUCCGCUCUAAGAAACAAGUCUGACAAGUGACCUCAGGAAGGCCGGUGGCCAGCUGAGAGCUGGAAUGGCGGCCAGACUUGUCCUCUGUUCUGCGCACGUGCCGGCAUCCCUUCAUCCAGGAAGGAGCUCAAGGUUACAAUUCCAUAUGGUCCAGUUUUCCUAGAAGCUCCCGUCAGAGCUGGGCCAGGGCGGAGGAGCUCACUGCUGCGGGGACCGUGACCCUGUGGGGCCUGGCGGGGCCUCCACGAGUGCACAGCAGAGCCCACGCGCACACCCCGGCUGCCUUCCUCCUGGGGUCUAAGGCCACGGAGCCAUCACUGCCCAGGUCUGCGGUGUGAGUAAAGCAGGGGAGGGCAUGGCCCCUCUGUCCUUGAGCUUCACCACAUCCCAAAUCUAGUCACUUUCUGGGGAAUGCAGGUUGCACUGACAGGCCCACUUUCUGAACGGCCUGGUUUCUACACUAGAUGGGGCUUCCUAGUACCUUUAGCAAAGGAGUCAGUAUCAAAUCCUCUGGAAGAAAUGACAGGAAACCUGCUCCACUUGGGCUGGUCACCCCACCUCUGGGGAACCUCACACAGCCCAGGCCCUGAGCAAACGCACGGCCGGCCCCCCACCAAGCCCAGGCGGUGGCAGCCUGACAGACCGGCUCAGAGGCGGCAGCUGGCGCACACAGGAACCCCGUCUCCAGACAGGAAACAGAGGUCCGCUGCCUCCACCUUCCGUUCCACAGUUACUGGAGACAGACAGAGGGGACUGUUUCCAAGGAGGCCAACUGGGAAAAAUAAAAGCAAGUAAAAUUUGGGCAGAUGCUAGGUGGACUUCUAGAAUGUGAUUGCAGAGAGGAGCAAGGACAGUAAAGGAGAGCAAGCCAGGAAGCCUGUCCUGUUACCCUCCCUUCCUCCAGGGGCUCCCCUAAGGCCACGGCUGCCCCUCGACUCUCUCCCUAUUAACUGGGAAGAGAAGUGGGGUGAAAAGGGCGGGUCCCCACCAAGCCGGGCUCAGCGCAGGUUACACAUGGCUCUGGCUGCUGCCUCUGUAGCCCCUCCUCCAGCUCCCUGAGUGGGAUGGGGGCCUGUGUGGCCCUCCCCUCUCCUCCCCAGGUCCCUGCCUGCCCCCCACGCGGGGAGCAGGCUCCACCUCUACCGUUCCAUUUGGGAAACGGGGGUCAGUACUCCUGCCAGCAGCAGAAACAGGCCAAGGCCACCCCAUAAGUCACUGAAACAUGCAUGCUGGUCACUGCUUCUUAGCUCCCAGGGCUGGUGCCUGCACGGGACCUCCCUAGGGUGCUAGGAGGAGCAGGGUGCCAACCCCAGAGGCGAGAGGCUGCUUCAUGUGGCCUUCAGGCACCCGGCAGCCCCCCCCCCCCCCAUCACCCUGUAAUGGCCUCCCCCUCAGAGAGCUGCUCCGGGCGUUUAUUACAGGACUUGCUCACACAUGCACCCUUCACUGACUGGUCCUCCGGUGACGGGGGCAGCUGAGGGGUGUGGCGGGGGUGGAGGAAAGUUACGCUAAGGGUUUGCUAAGGGUUUGGGGAACUCUACUGGAGGAGAUGCUCAGACACAAACAUGGAGGCCUCAGGCAGUGCCAGUCACUCGGGCCUCGCCAGGGAGGGAGGCAGAGGUCCUUGGGGGCUGGCCUUCACAGCACCUGGCAGAACUUAUGCAAAGAAGGCUCAUUCUCCCAACUAAAGUGGGCUGAGGGGCGGUGGCAACAGAGAAGCCCCGGGCUGGCAGUGGGGGAGGCUCAGUCGUCUGUCUCCUGUUUGAUGUUCUCGAUGGGAACAGGCAGCUCUGGACCAGGGGCCUUGUCAGUUGGGGCCGUGUCUAGAUGCUCUUCCUUCACACGCACAGCAAUGACUAAAGAGGAAGGGAGGCGGGGAGGCGGGGAGAACACAGUGAGUGUGCGGGAAACUCCGGAAGGCCGGGGGGCUCAGGCUCUGGCUCCCUAUGAAGGGGGGCCCUCGGGCUGUGGCGGGGAGGCGGGAACGGCGCCUUCCCCCUGCGGGGCGGGCCGCAGAGAUGGAGAGGGCCCCGAUGGAGGCGUGCGGCUCCGUUCAGAGUCGGGGGUGGGUGUUUGGGAGGCUCUCCAGGCCCAGUUGUCCAGGACGGACUUCUUGGUGCCCAGGGAAGUCCCUUCACACUUGACUCUCCUCUUCUGUGCCCAGGUGGGGAAGGAGGAGGGCCACCUCUGAGCGCUGGCGCAGGCCGGCCCCGCCUGGGUCCCGCCCGGGAGGCUCUUACUCUCUUCAGGAACGGGCUCCGAUGAGGUCUUCUCAGCGGCCGGCAGGGCGUCCUCCAGCAGGGGCUUCUUGGACCCCUGUCUGAGGGGCCGGGUCUUGGUCGGUGGUAUUCUUUUCCCUUUGAAUAAAAACAGAAUUAAACCCGGCA